CUCUGCCACACCCUCUCAGCCAUUUUCCACUAUUACGCAAUUAGUUCAUAGUUGAAUUAAAUAUGCUAUAUUCUCUCUCUCUCUUUAGUCGAAUGUUCAGAUAUUUAAAUAUAUGCAGGCGUUGAAGGAACGAAGCAAGAAGUAGUAUGCAAUGGCAUUCCGAAGCUGGCGGAGCCCUGUGUUUCUUGGGAUAUCCUCCAUUGUUUUGGUGAUAUGCAUUUCAUCUUCUCUCAGAGCUCCCUCUGAAUCAAACAGGUCCCACCGAACUCCUUUGCCUACCCAAUUCCUCUUCGGAACUGCUUCUUCUUCUUACCAGUAUGAAGGUGCUUAUUUGAGUGAUGGGAAAGGACUGAGCAACUGGGAUGUCUUCACUCACAAAACACCAGGAGGAAUAAUUGAUGGAAGCAAUGGGGAUAUUGCCGUUGACCAAUACCAUCGCUAUCUGGAGGAUGUAGAUCUAAUGGAAGCCAUCAAUGUGAACAGCUACAGGUUCUCUAUUUCAUGGGCAAGAGUUCUACCAAAAGGAAGAUUUGGAGUAGUAAAUUGGGCUGGCAUCAGCUAUUAUAACCGGUUAAUAGAUGCUUUGCUACUCAAAGGAAUCCAACCAUUUGUAACAUUAUCACAUAAUGAAUUUCCUCAAGAACUAGAAGACAGAUAUGGAAGUUGGCUAAGUACCAAGUCACGGGAAGAUUUUGAAUAUUAUGCAGACCUCUGUUUUAAAUCCUUUGGUGACAGGGUGAAAUAUUGGGCAACCUUUAAUGAGCCCGAUAAAGUAGCCACAUACGGUUACCGCCAAGGACUAGGUCCACCAAGUCGUUGCUCUAACACAUUUGGAAAUUGCAAUGAGGGAGAUUCAGAGAAGGAGCCAUUUGUGGUGGCUCAUAAUAUUAUCCUCUCACAUGCAAUUGCUGUUGAUCUUUAUAGAACCAAAUAUCAGAAUGUGCAAGGUGGGAGAAUUGGCAUUAUCGUCAGUGCUGACUGGUAUGAACCCAUCAGCAAUUCAACGGCAGACAAAUUGGCCGCAGAAAGAGCAAGAUCCUUCACCUUGAACUGGUGCUUGGACCCAAUCAUAUUUGGUAAAUACCCUACAGAUAUGCAGAAGGUUUUGGGAAAUAUCUUACCUGAAUUUUCCAGCAAUGACAAGGAGAAACUGGAGAGAGGAUUGGAUUUCAUCGGCAUCAAUCACUAUGCGAGUUACUAUGUCAAGGACUGCAUCUAUUCCAUGUGUGAACCGGGACCUGGGAUCACCAAAACAGAGGGUUCAUACCAACUAAGUCCAAUUGGGGAACCUAUUCCAAUUGAUUCGAAAUAUGUUUACCCACAAGGCAUGGAGAAAAUGGUCACCUAUGUAAAAAACAGAUACAACAACACUCCAAUGUUUAUUAGUGAAAAUGAUUGUUUUACAGGAUAUUCUGCGUUGGACAACCCAAAUAACACUGAGGAGGAAUAUCUUAAUGAUUUCAACAGAAAAGAUUACAUGGCGGGUCAUUUAGAUGCCCUAAUGGAAGCAAUAAGGGUUUUCAAAAAUCUUUGGCAAUCACCCCGAAUUGUGAGGUUACCUUCAGAAAUAAGUCGAGGAGCCAUGUUAACAGGCCGCAUAUAGUGGGAAGAAGAAUAUUGAAAAUCAACCAAAGGCAAAGCUAGGGUCUCAAGUUCUACUUCUGAGCCACCAAUACAACAAGGCAUGACAUUGGCUUCUCUAGGGCAAGUUGUUGAAAAAAGCAGUAAAUAGAAGCACACUUAUUUAUCACUAAUUAUCUAUUUCAAAGUUAUAAAAAUCUUUGGCAAUCACCCUGAAUUGUGAGGUUACCUUCAGAAAUAAGUCGGGGAGCUGUGUUAACAGGGCGCAUAUAGUGGGUAAUGAUUCCGGUUGGUAAAGGAGAAGCUGCAAGAGCAAGAUAGAGUUUCUUCACUUUUUUCUCCUGAAAAUAAAUAAAUAAAUAGCACAAGUGUUCA